CUGUUCUGUCAGUCUUCUGUGAUUCAUACUCUGUGUUUUACAUUGAAUUCACGUGACCUAUCAAGCCGUUCAAGAUCGAACGUCUCCUAAGCGAUGAAUUGUCAAGUUUAUUUAUAUCCAGGAGUUGCAAUUAAGUGUUCUCAACCAGGGAUCAAUUAUCAGUAUCAGCAUCAGACUUCAGCUCCACAAUAUGUGAUGCAACAACAAUCCAGCACCCCUAAUGGAGGCUACCAGUUCCAGUCCGGCAACUCUGGCCAGUAUCAGCAUCAGACUUCAGCUCCACAAUAUGUGAUGCAACAACAAUCCAGCACCCCUAAUGGAGGCUACCAGUUCCAGUCCGGCAACUCUGGCCAGUAUAAGUAUCAGACUUCAGCUCCCCAAUAUGUGAUGCCAUAUCAAACCAGCACCCUUAAUGGAAACAAAUCGGUUUCAUCCUAUGGAAAUACGAGCAGCUCCCCCAAUACAGUUGCUCACUAUAGAUGUACAGAAAAGAAAGACUACCGGUUCAAGUGCUGCAGCUGUGGCCAGGUGACUCAAGUCAAAUACAAAAGCUCAAAGCAGCUGGAAAUAAGACACUGUACUCAUAAGAAGAAUACCUGCCUGCGCUAUUCGUGAUUACAUCCAUCCCAAAAACUCUCGCACAGUACGAGAAGCUGAACAUACAAAAGAGGAUAACAACAGCAAAGCCAUAGCCAUAUCUGUAUGAAACAUAUAGUUUAUUUCCCUUCAA